AUGGCUUUAUACGAACCUUCGAUUGGCAUUCUGGAAACAUAUGUUACGUGGAAUGAUGUCGAAAAGAUGAUGCAGAAAAAAUUUGAAACAAAAGCCAAAUUUGGAGAGGAUAAGAAUGCAACAAAUAUCAGUGAAAUGAAGGGGUACAUGUCAAUUAUUGCAUUGAUCAAUGCAGAUUGGGUAGAUGUUGAGAAAGGAAAAAAUGUGCCAUCAAAAUUUGCUGUUUACGGCCUAAAAAAAUUCAUCGACGAAAACGACAUGAAAGGAUUUUUGAUUGUCGAUUUUGUUUCCAAUGCACAUGAUGUCGGGAUGUAUCUUUCUAUCCCAGCAGAUGAACUGAUUCCUCUCGUUCGUGGAAUUUCCACUUUCUCAGCUCUCGGAGAAAAACUAUCAGAUAAUGAAAAAAAGUUUGCCGGUGGUUCAGAUUUCCUUGAACGUAUGUUCAGUCAACUAUUCAAUAGUUCGAGUCUCCAGAAACAUUUCCAAGGAAUGUAUUCUGUUUUUGAAAAAGAAAAAUAUUAUCAAGUGGAUGGAUUAAUCGAAACCUUUGUCGUCUAUCAAAAACUCUUGAAGAAGUAUACCAAAAUUUCUGAGCUAUUGGGAUUCAAGUCAGUUCUUAAUCAUGGAGACUUGUGGCAAUCAAAUAUGAUUCAUUCAAUGGAGAAUAAUGGAAAAUUAAAGUUGGAAGCAAUAAUUGAUUGGCAAAGUACUGUUAUUUUGCCACCUGGAUUAGAUACAGCAGAACUUAUUGUGGGAUGUUUAUCAGCUGAAGAUCGCCGUGAAAAAGGGCAUGAUCUGUUGCUUCUAUACCACAAAACGUUCAUUAAUGUUUUUGGAUCAGAAGUGUUCUCCUUCGAAGAGCUGCAAGAUUCCUACAAUUUAUAUUUUCCAAUGGCAGCAAUUUUAAUUGUUCCUGGAAUGAUAUCAUUCAUGACAAAUACGCAAAUCACUGAGGCUGAAAGAAUUCAUUCGAUGUCAAAAAUCACAGCAAUUGUGGAAGACACUUUGAAGAUUCACAAACAAAACUUGAAACGCUUUCCUGAUUUUAUGCAAAUUUAA